CUGUCGUCGCCGUCGCCCUCCGGACCAGGUGGCGGGAGGAGCGGUCCUGGGCCGGCGCCGUCCUGUCCUUACAGCUUCGCUGGUGAACCAGCAGGCUGGUGCCGCCCCCGAGCUAGCGGGAGGCGCCUGGCUGGCAGCCGGCCCGGGAGAGGCGGCCACUGCUCCACUCAGCGCCCCGUCGGCAGACCCGGUGCCGGGGGGCGAGCGUGGGCCGGCGGCUGUCGUCUGCCCGGUCGAUCCUCCGCCAGGCGAACGCUGCCUUUGGGAAUUCGCCAGAAAGUAAACCCUCGAUGGUCUUAACUGCGAAAAAACGAAGAGUCUGGCAUGACAAUGCAGCUGUGAAAUAAUUCCUGACCGGAGGAUGUGAUGGCCCUUGACGUCGAGGAGGCAGCUCCUGAGCAGCGGCGGCACGGUUUCCGGUCGCCGGCCGACCGCCCCGCCCCCGCGCUGCCGGUGUUGCUCGGGGGGGUCCGGCAUCUUGGCUGCGUGGGUGGCGUACCACCCGCAGUCAACUGGACGCGGACGGCAUGCCUGUGCUGGCUGCCUGCACUGCCAGAGACCCUGGUGACUGGGUUGGACAGUGACCAGGUCGAGCUCCUGGCCGAGCUGGGCAGCGGCCUCUGCAGCGUCUGCUACCGUCUACAGCGCUACUACCAUGGUCCGUCCGCUGGCGUGUCGCAGCCGAGGGACGGCGCUCGCCGAGUCCAGGUGCUGGGAGCUGGGCGCCCAAGGCUGGCUGCGGCAGCAGCGACCUUCCCGCGGCUCGAGUCAUCGCGAUGUGGAGUCCGGCAGCAUCUGGGAGUCGAGGACACCCGCGUUGCGUUUGGCGUAAUAGGUCGGCCGUGCGGAUGGCCGUGAUAGUUCUAACGGUUUACGGGUGGGAUCGGAAGCAUCCGAUCUGUAUCGAUCCGUGGAGUGGUCGGCGUGUCGGCGUCAGCGCCGCCUGCUGUGGUCCCCGUGGCCCGUGGUGCACAGCGCGUGGUUGGUGUGCACCUUAUUCCACGUUGUCCUAAAUAAAGCAGAUGCGUAU